AUGUCGAACAACUUCAUUUGCGCAGCCGUCUCGGUUUCGUCGAUACUCGUCGUCGGGUAUAUUACAGCGGGGCUGCUCAUUUUCGCAGAUUUUCGGACUUUUUAUUCCACGGCACUUGAUGACGUGGCAGAGUUCAAUAAGUUCGCAACUGAAGCCUGGGAUGAUAUGAUCGAAAUCAAUCGCUCCGUCGUAAGACAAAAGAGAAGUGGAGAAUCAAAGUGUGGAUGCAUGAAUAAGGUCAAUAACUGCCCACCCGGACCUGCAGGACCACCAGGAGAGCCAGGAGCCCCUGGAGAUGACGGAUGGAAUGGAGACGCAGGACAACCCGGACCAGACUUUCCACUCUUUGAUCAAUCCCUCAUCUAUCAAAGACCCCCAUGCAUUCGCUGCCCAGUCGGAGAGCCAGGACCUCCAGGUCCAGACGGAGAGCCAGGAGAGCAGGGACCACCAGGACCACCGGGAGUUGACAACUUUGAAGUUGGACAUGAUGGACCACCAGGUGUCGAGGGAGAACCUGGAGAUGCUGGAGAUCAAGGAGAAGACGGGGAGCCAGGUGUCGAUGGAAGACCAGGCGCCAGUGGAAUCAGAGAGAUAGGAAUGCCAGGAGCACCAGGGGCACCGGGUGUUGCAGGAGCUGAAGGACUCCCAGGCAAGGAUGGAGAGCCAGGAAUUCCUGGGCCAGAAGGGGAAGAGGGACCACCUGGAGCAGCAGGAUUGGAUGGAGAGCGGGGAGACGAAGGGGAGCCAGGACCUGAAGGACCACCUGGAAUCCCAGGACCUGAUGCAGCCUACUGUAGCUGUCCACUUCGUUCGGCACGUCUUGUCUUCUAA